AUGACAGCUGGUCAUACUACAAGGUACAUUUUGCUUGCUGUUGCCUUCACUUUCAUAUUUCAUAUGACAGAGGGAGGCCAGCUAUGUGGACUCUGUACACACAUGGUGGACCCUCGGGAUUGUGACGUAGUUGGUGAAUGUGGAAACCACGAGGAAUGCAGUAUCAGUCAGUACGUUUCACCCACCGGACACAUACUGUACGAUAUCGGAUGUGAAUCCUCACUAGCUUGUCGUUCCAGUACUGCGAGGAGGAAUUCAGAUGUCUCCAGGACUUCUCGGUUAAUAGGUGCCGGCAAUGUGGUGAUUUGUUCGACAUGCUGUAAUGAUACACAAACCUGCAACGUCAUCGACGGGCAUUGUAACAGUCAAGGUAACACUAUUAAAUAG